AUGCGAAAGUUGGAAUGGGACGACAUGGGAGUGAAGGUUGAUGGUCGGCAGCUACACCAUUUGCGCUUUGCUGAUGACAUCGUACUGGUAACACCUAGCAUCAGCCAAGCGGAACGAAUGCUGACCGAAUUCGACGAAACAUGUGGUUGCAUCGGUCUUCAGCUGAAUCUACAAAAGACGAUGUUCAUGCGGAACGGAUGGGUCUCGGAUGCCCCAUUCACGCUCAACGGAACGAACAUAUCCGAGUGCACCAGCUACGUUUAUCUGGGUCGGGAACUGAACAUGAUGAACGACCUGACCCCCGAGCUGGGCAGGAGGAGACGAGCGGCUUGGGGAGCGUACAAGAGCAUCGAGGAUGUAGUGAAGAAGACCAGGAACACCCGGCUCCGUGCUCACCUCUUCAACACCACCGUACUUCCUGCUUUGACUUAUGCUUCGGAAACCUGGGCAUUUCGCAAGCAGAAAGAAAACGCAGUGAGCGUCAUUGAACGCGCAAUUGAGAGAGUGAUGCUAGGAGUAUCCCGUUUCACGCAAGUGAGGGACGGGAUUCGAAGUUCUCUCCUACGUCAGCGAUCGAAGGUUAGAGACGCCGCCGCGUCUGCCAAGCAAAGUAAAAUAAGGUGGGCCGGACACGUGAUGCGCUUUAAUGACAACCGUUGGACCAGAGCCGUGAGCGACUGGGUUCCCCGCGAUAUUAAGCGCACUACAGGAAGACCGCCGACCCGAUGGUCAGAUUUCUUCACGAAGUCCUUGAAAGAAAAAUAUGAUGCUCUUCGUGCCCCACGCGAAAGGAGGAACCACUGGGCUACUCUGGCAUGCGAUCGGGACAAAUGGAAGAAUUACUGGCGCCCGCUCGACCAGUUCGAAGAUCAACGGGAGUCAAGGUGA